AUGGACACCCUGGAGGGACGGCUGGAGGAUGCAAGGAGACGCCAUGACGCCCAGGAGUACGGGACGAUACCCUGGGCGGUCGUCGAGGCCGGACUCCGCUCCGUGUGGGCAGCGGAGCACCCCCCUUCUCGACCAGCUUCUCCUCGACCGGUGACCAACGAAUGCGGCAUCGACGUGGGCGUCAACGCCGGAGGUGGCCAAGUCGGCAGCAGUGCGGGAGGCACGUCGAGGCAGCGUGGUGUGAUUCACGCCGAUGAAGUCGGCGGCGUUCAGGCGCGAGGAGUGCAGUCGUCGGCGGCUGCAGGCUCCUCGCAGGGCGACGUUGGAGGACGACGAAGCGGUUUGUCACCGAUGUCGGCGACCCAGGUGACGGCGGGCGGGAUUGCACCGAGCUACGGCUUCUUCAAGUUUGCGCCGGACAGGAUCUUGGUCACCCCGCCGCUAGUUGGUCGACAGGACAUCCUCACCUGGAAGGAAGCCAUCGAGCCCCAGCUGGAGAUGGCCGGGCUGAUCAACUUUGCCCGAGGAGCCGUGGUGACGCCGGACGACACCGACCUGCGUACGGAGUUUCGCGCCGUGCAGCUGUUGACCUUUAUGGUCAUCUCGCGGUGCUGCUCGCCGGGCGUGCAGAUCGCCUUGAAGAGGUGUCGGGAGUACCUCGACGCCGGCCAUCAGGCGUGGCACUUCAUUGAGUCGACCUACCAAGUCACCGACGACCUGUUCAUCGCCCAGCUGGAGGGACAGCUGACGCACCUGCGUAUGGGCGACGAGGAGACGGCGACCGACUACUGCAACCGGGCCAGACGAAUUCUCGCCACCAUCAGGAUGGCCGGCGCGCAGUACUCGACGGCGUCGUAUGUCACCCACGUCAUGCAGGGACGCCAACCUCGUCGCCCCGACGAAGCAAGGAGGUCGACCAGGGCAGCGCGGACAGUCUGGCGGCGGAGGUAG